GGAGGAUAGCAAAGUGAGCCAUUACAUAAUUAACAAAAUCCAGCAAGGCGAACAGACGAGAUAUCGAAUUGGGGACCAGAUGUUUCCGGAUCUUCCUCAGUGUCUAGCAUUUUACAAAUUGCAUUACCUUGAUACCACACCUCUAAUCAGACCAGCACCACGAAGGGUUGAGAAGGUCAUGGGCAAAUAUGAUUUUGAAGGAAGUGAUCAAGACGACCUACCUUUCAAGAAGGGCGAAGUAUUGACAGUGUUGUCCAAAGACGAGGAGCAGUGGUGGACAGCAAGAAAUAGCCUUGGUCAGACUGGCUCUAUUCCUGUGCCAUAUAUACAGAAGUAUGAGGAUAAUCAACAGUGUCUGAGUGAUAGUCACCGACCAGGGUCAGGCGGUGGUACGGUUAGUCAUCAACAGGAAGCUGCGAUACGUAGGACCAAUAUUCAGAGGAAGCUGCCAGCUUACGCACGAGUUAAACAAGCACGUGUACCAAACGCGUAUGACAAGACAGCAUUGAAGUUGGAAGUAGGUGACAUCAUCAAGGUGACAAAGAUGAAUAUCAAUGGGCAGUGGGAGGGGGAACUUAAUGGUAAGGUGGGUCAUUUUCCUUUCACACACGUUGAAUUUGUUGACUCCGAAAACAACGAUGGGGCCGACGAGAGCUAAAACCCGCGUGAUGUUUAGUCCUUCGUUCAGCCGUAGCUGAAGCUAAGAGUUCCGGCUAACUUUUGGUGCGUAGCAAAUCACAGACGCACGUGUAUCAACCCAGAUGAUUUAUCAGAUUUAUAAGAAUUUGCUACAGGUUGUAAAUUAUUUUAUUUAGCUUAAAUAUGUUUAUCUUUCAAAUGAAAUAACAGUACUUUUCUCAGGAAGAAUCAGAAGUAAAUGUUUAAUCUGAUAUCUGUGGUUUUUGCGCUAGGAACGUUAUGAAAUUUUUGUGUAAGAGUGAUUGCUAAGCAUCAGAUAUAAAACAAGGAUUAUGUUGCGUUUGCUCUGAAAGCUUUAGGAGUAAUGAAAUUAAUGAAUAUAGCUGCGAUUCCCUACUACCAUCAACCAUAGUUCUGUCGACAUUUGAACUUUGAGAUGGAUAAUUAUAUUGGUUAAAAUUGUAUAUAAAAGGAAAAAGU